UCCAGCCCCACCAGAUUGCAAGAAUGCAUUCGGACUUGCUUGGCAAGCGAAUCGCAGUCAACGCCCACGAGAGUCGGUGCGCCAAUUAAUCCCAGAGCGGGCCGAUUUCGGUGUCGACAUGGAAGGUAAACGUCGCGUUCUCCACCUAGUCCACCUGCUCGUCUGUCUCGUUCGGUUCCAGGCCUCGUCGGCGUUCUGGAACUUCUCGGAGGUGCAGCUCCCUCGGGACGUGCUCGUCUGGAGAUUCGCGAUCUGGAGGAACAGGGCAUUCCUCGCUAUUCCGAGGUGGGAGAGAAAUUCGACUUUUCGGCUGACCCUGGUGGAAGCCCCCUGGCCGGAGGAGGGACCUACCCCCGGGUCUGGACUCUCCGCCUUUCCGAAUCCGGAGGUCCAGGUGGUCAACAGCGACUGCAGGAACCUGCACUCCGUGACGGGCCUCGCGGUCGACGCUCGGGGACGCCUUUGGGUGCUGGACGCCCCUCCGGGAUCGUUCUGCCCCCCGAGGAUCCUCCUCUACGACCUGAGGAAGAACGAGCAGAUCGGCGGCGUCGACCUGAUCGGAGUGCCCUCGAAGGACAUGCGAUCUCUGGCGAUCGACUCGGCGAUCGGACCCUGGGGCGUCAGAGCCUACGCGGGAGAUCCAGGGGACGAGACGAUCGUCACCUACAGCCCGGGGCAACGACGCUGGUGGAGGCUGAAGAUGGUCCACGGGCCGAACGUCCCGCGAGUCUACAGUACCGAGAUCGCGGUGUCGAGGAAGGUUCCGAUCCUCUACUUGACCGGCUACCAGUCCCAGGAUCUCUUCGGCAUCGGCCUGGAGGAGCUGAGGAACGAGAAAGGGCCGCUCCCCGAGCUCGGGGAGAAGUCCACGAGGGACGUGAACGCGACGUGGCUGGGCACCAAGAUGGGCUCCUCCUCGGGGUUGAUUUGCGACCUCAAGUUCGGCCUCCACUACUUCAUGGUGACGGAGCGAGCGAGCGUCCGAUGGGACACCCGACAGGAGCCUAAGGCGGAGAGCCACUCGGUCCUCCUGCAGAAGGAGGACGUCCCCUGCCUGACGGACUACGAGAUGGACUCGCAGAAGAGCAUCUGGGGCCUGGUGAACUCGGCCUGCCCCCUCGCCGGGAAGCCCCCCGGGAAGAGACCGCUCCUCAAGGCGCGCACCGUCCGGGUCUACAAGUACAAUCCGUUCGUCGGCCGAUAGCCCGCGUAGUUCCCGAUCGACCGGAGCUGGUUUACGCAAGUUCUUCCCAAGAACCGGGUUUCGAAAGCCACGUAACGGCCGGCCGACCCUGGCCGUUCGUUACGAAACCCCGACACCGAUCGCCGCCUCGAACGGCUACCCCCUUUGCGAGGCGAUUUUCGAAGCCCCCCAAUUUGUCCUAAGCCUCUAUCCGCAAUAAAAAUCGACGUUGUCAGGAAAUGCAACGAAGACUCGGAGCUUGAA